CUUUGGGUCGGGACGCGACUCUGCGUUGAACUGUUCACCCCCGGUAAUUAGUCGCUUUCCCGCCUCCUCCGCCGCGACGACCCCCAACGAUCACGACCCCAACUGACUUAACGAACCGCCCUUCUCAUUCUUGUUCCUCAUACACUUCCGCCUCCAUUCGAAUACUAGGCCCACGCACCGCCAUAUACAUUUGCUCGCUCUUCGCUUCGAAUAAUUUCUCUACUGUCUCUGUUCACGUUUUUGCACCGUUUUCGUAAUUUACCAUCUUCGAGUUUUCUACAUAUGCUCCAUUUCGGACAACUUGCGCGUCGUUUCUGAUCAGUCAACUCACUUCGCUUGCUAGCCCAAACACUCUCUCACCAUGGUCCGCUCCGAUGCCGAAGACCCGUUGGUUCCUACGACACCCGUACGAUCCUCCCUCGAUAUGACGACCCCAAGACCGCCUACGCCUCCAAAAGAAUCUCCACGAGCGAAGAACAUAGUCGACCAGAGCCUUGUAACCAGUAGUGGCAACCAGAUGCUGCACUUGGUUUCGUCUCCUGUGUCUUCGCGCGACCCUUCGCCGCCCUCCGAUUCCGCCGAUUCCGUUUCCGAGAAACCUCCCAAAAAACGCGUUGGCUGGUCCGGGUGGACGACUUACCACAAACCAGACACACCGUUAACGCCGUCCACUUCGCGAGUGCGUCCGUCGGCCUCGACUAAUCUAAAAUCCCUGAAAUCGAUCUUGAAGCAGACCUCAAGCCCGUUUCGGGGCGCUACUUCGCCUCCCCUUGAUCAGCCAUUCGUGGCCCACAGUUAUGCCUCGUUCUCGCACAUGCUGGAGUCGGUGAUCGAGGCGCUGGCAUCCACUGAGCGGAGCAAAAAACUGGACACCUACAUUGCGUUUUGCAACACCCUCCGGGCCUAUGAUGAUAUUCCUGAUUGGAGUGUAAUGGAGAGGAGGUUGUCUAUGAUAUGCGGCGCUAUGAGGCGGGAUCUGGCAGCAAAGAUGGAAGACGGCGGAAACCUGGACAGCCAACUGACACAGCAGGCGACGAAGUUAUUGACCAUCCUUUGCUGGUACGAACGCUUGGCCAAUGCUAUGGACGAUUCCAGCGCUUCAUUUUUCGUCCUGCAUGCGAUACAGAAAAUCGAAGAUCCCCAGACAUCUAAGGCCUCCGUCACCCUAUAUCUCCACUUUUUGGCGCAGCAGAGAUUCCCUACGAAGACGAUGACGGUAGAAAGGUGCAACCGCCUUGUAACGGCUCUGGAAACACUGGAUGAGCGGAUCACGGGGAAAUCUAUUACCAAGGAGCGAAUCGACAUCUAUUACAAACUCUUGUCACAGUCACGGACGGUCAUGGUUGCGAGAGCACCUGACUGGAUGCGCAAUGCCUUCGGAGGACUCUUGAACCACAUCAAGGAAGUCCGAACACGAUCACUAAUAUUCUUGCGCGAGGCUGCUCUGGUGAUGGGGAAAGAUAAGGCUGUUGCUCGUACUAUAAGCAGCAUAUUCAACCAGGAUAAUGACGGGAAGCGGAUGUUCGAGUCUAUACGGAGCCGGCUCGAUCAUUUCGUCAAGAAGGAGCAUGAGGGGCAAUACGUCUCGCAGCUGUGGGCGGUGCUCCUCCUACUGACCCAGUCUGUUGGGGACAAGUGGGACUUUUUCACGCCGUGGUUGCGAAUCAUCGAAACAUGUUUCAACGUCUCGGAGCCGGAGGUCAAGGUGGAGGCACAGCUGGCUUGGUCGAAACUCAUAUAUGUCUCCAACAUCGGACCGAACACCCAGCGGAAACUGUUGGAGCUCAUGUGUAAACCCGUGGAGCAGUACCUGGACCCAAGAAAUGCAAGCCUUAACACUCGGAAGCCCCGGAAGGCAGCGCUAUCGAAUGUGUGUGUCUACCUAUACUAUGGAUUCCGACCUAGUGCGUCGGCAAAGCAACUCUCGGAAAUCUGGGAGGUGGUAGUAGUUGGGUUGAUUCAGAACCUGGUCCUGGCGGGCAGUGAGGCAAUGGAUGGAUGCAACAUACUGUGCUCCCUCUUCGAUGGCACCACUCCGAAGCGGUGGAGCGAGGAUCGCCUCUUGAUUGGCCACCCUUUCAUGAAGACCGAAGAGGUACCUCGAUUGGAUCCGAAAUGGGUACGGUCAAAUUGUGAAAAGGUCCUCACGAUAGUCGAGGUCGCCCUCCGUCGGACAACAUGGGAGGACACAGAUGCUCCGGGAGCUCGACUAGUGUGGAAAAGAUUUACUCGCAUACUUGCAGAUGCAGGCAAUAAGGAGAUCAAGAUUGUACCAGAACUCAUGGAGGCUGUGUCGUGUCUUUUCAACAUGUUCCAGCGCAUGUGGGGCGAAGCACCAGAAAAUCUGGAGCCUGUUUCCGGUUUCUCUUUCAUUGAGCGGUUCACCUUCCUGGUUGAAACGGCUCUAGAUUCGUUAGGAACACUGUGUUUCACAGAGAAGCAGUUGGCUCUUGAUGAGAAGUCGAGGUUUAUUCCUGCAUCCACGCCCAUUCAUAAAUACCAGUCCGAUAGUAACAACGGACAUCGGCUUCCUCCACUACUGCACAUCGUGCGACUUCUGGUUGAACCUCCACCUGGAAUUCCAGUCGACGAGCAAUACUUCAACUGCGCCAGGCGUAUUCUUUCAAAAUGCUGCGUGUCUCAGGAUUCUAGACGGAAGAAACUCCAUCUAUUGGCAUCCUGCGAGACGCUUCUGCCCCGAAGAGAAAUCAAUGCUGUGCAUCUGGGUCUUUGGGAUAUUUUGGCCGAACUGACCCGUGGGGCUUUGCCGGCGCCAGCAAUAACCAAGGCGCUCCUCAGCCCAUCACCAUUGGGUGGGGAGUUCAAAGACGCGGUUACGGUGCUUGCCUGGGGAUCUCAGCAGUAUGUAUCGGAAUGGGAAAAUCUGUUUAAGGAGCUCGUUGAGGUUGUCCAGGGCGAGCUUGGCAAUGCAUACGUCGCGGCCAACAUCAUCGCACCAUUAGCAGAAUCGCUUCGCACGCUGAAACUGAAAUCCCGCUUCGGAUUGAACGUGGAGCGGACGGUUAUUCUCCUGCGGAAUGCCAGCAUUGCGAAGAAGAAGCCCACUAUCGAGAGUAUGUUUAAGGGUCACCGUGGGCUUGGUGAUCAAAAAUCGGCAAACACUGAUUCACUGGAGAGCCUCUAUGCGUUGGCCAACAGUUCACUUCUACAAACCUACGAAUCCUCUGACAAGGAAUUUACAGCCCUGGGAGUUGAUCUUUGCAAGGCUGUUCUUGAAUUCAUUACGCGGUCACCAUCUGGAUCAAUGGCACCGUUGAAGCAGAUGCAAGAGGGCCUUGGGCUAUGGGCCAAAGAUCCUUCUAACCAGAAUGCUCGAAUGAAUGGAUUCAGCGCUAUGGCUGCUACAAAGUUAUGGGAAAACGUCCUCCAAGCCGUCGAGUCUCUACCACGACAUGACAGCGAAAUUCUGUCCGAUCUGAAUGUUCUAUUGUCAAGCGGCCUUGAAAGCCGGCGGAAAUCGACUGUCAAUAUUACCAUUAAGACGUGGAACAACACUUUCGGAAAGCAGGAGUCGCUUAGUUAUCCUAGCAGAGUGCGGAUGGCAUUGGCGAGGCUGAGGACUAUCACUGAUCUAUCGCUCCCCGGCUUUCCCGAGGACGAUUCGGGUGUAUUCACGCCUCCCGAGUUCACCGAAUCACAAGACGCAGGAAAUACUCAAUCGGUUGCCGAUAUACAAUGGUCCAGCCCAACACCAGCUCGACAGUUAUUUCCUAACUCAAGGGCACGCACGUCAACUCCUACGAGUGUAAUUAGGGAGACACCAGCUCGCGGAAGACCGAGAAGUAACCAGCCUACGCCCACUCCCACGAAGAGAAUGCCAAAGCCAAAACACAUGGAUUCGCAGCUCGAUUUUGUAGCCAUCGAAGGCACGCCGUCACUCGAAGCUCAAGACUCGCAACUCAUCACCGAACACCAGAAAGAGGUCCGAGAGGAGCAGGCUCAGGCGGCAGUGAUGUUCCCUGAGUUGAUAAGAGCCACACCCGCCGCUAGUAAGAGGGAGACCAUGAAAGUGGGCGACGAGUCGCCGACUUCAAAGAGGCGGAACCAAACGCCUAUUGGCUCGCAGAGUCACGGAUACUCAGACAAAAUACCUGAGACUACGAUUAAAGAGUCGACCAUGGCACCUGAUUUCAUGGUUUCAUUCAUUUCGGAGUCUCACAUUGGCUCUCGAUCUCCAUCAGUCUCUGGCUCUGUUCGGCGUAAGGGCAAUAACGAAGCAACCAUACCUCGUGAGAUGUCCUCCGAGUUGACUGAUCUUGACAUGGGUGGUGAUACCCCCAUGGCGGAUUAUUCUGAGACUAGUAUGGAAAAGCCAGCGCCUGGGCCUCCUGCUGGUAUACCGCCUGAUGGAACUUCCGACGAUGAACCUUUCGUGGAUGCCCCCGAUCACUUCCCGCAGCCCGAAGUUGAGGAGCCCGAAAGGCCUUCUCCUGUCCGCAAAAAGGCGCGAGUCGCUGGACGCGUCAAGGAUACCUCAGAGGUGGUCACUCUUGUGGUACCGCCAAUGAGAAACAGCGAGGACAUUCGCGCUAGUAUGUCUACCUCCAUGUCCGACGCAUCUACGUCAGUGGCGUGUGAAGCAGACACGCCUGCAACGCCGGGCACUCCUCGAUCGCGAAGCAACAAGAAGCGCGCGAAGAAGAGAAAGCGAGGCUCUUCCCUACCACAGGAGCCCAAGCCCUCACUGCCAGUACUCGACACUGUUGAAGUCGUAGUAGAAGCUAAGCACUCUCUUAUGGCGAGUCAUCCUCCGCCGUUGGCACCCGUGUCGCCAGAAACAGAGCGGUCCUCGAAGAGAGUAAAAUCUGCGGAUACAAAUGACACGCCGGUUAAGACGAGGGUUUCGGCAAGGAAAAACAAGGGACGGAAACCGCCGCGAGGACUUGUGAGCGCACUCGAUUCCAGCAGGAAAGAUCUCGAUGAAAGGAGUGAGGAUCCAGCGCCAUCGCCGACACCGAUGCGUACACGCAACGCGUCAAAACGAGUGCGAUCCCCCAAAAAGGCCGCUGUAGAAGAGAAGGAUGUCUCGUUUAUUGGCGAAACCCAGUUCGAUAGUUUUGUAUCUUCAGUCGCCGAUUCCCAGCCUCCACCUGCUGCUGCUGCUGCUGCAAAGUUUGGCUCUACACCAACAAAGAGUCGCAAGGCGAAGGGAUUGUUCGCGAACGAUGAGUACACGGACGAGCUCCAGGUUAGAAGCCCAAGACAUAGUUUGUCGGAGGCCAGUAACUCGGAGAUUGUCACCCCGCGUUCAGCGCGACGGAGCAAGCGACGCUCGACAUUGGCGUCAGCCAUGAUGAAGAGUGCUGCGACGCCUGAGGCGGACAAAGAGACGGUGGAGGAGUCGGAGCCUGCUAUUCAGCAAGUGGAGGAGUCGAAACCUACUAUCCAGCAAGUGGAGGAAGACAAGGAACAGCCCGUUGCCGCCAGCCCGCCCGCGAUGACCGCAAUGGAAGCCAUCAGGAAGGCUCUGGCAAUGGUAGACGGCGCGGAUUUGACGGUGGCUGAGAUUUCAACCGUUGAGGACGAGGUAUUUGAGGCGUUCAGUCGGUUGAGGGAGAAGAAGAAGACGGCGAGGCAGUGAUGAUAUGGCUGUCAUGUAAGAUAGCCUUUUUUUUGGAGGGGCUGUGGAACAUUUUGAUACCUUGCUUGUGUGGGGCUUCUACCUACUUACUUUACAUGGUUCCCUUAGUACUUUGUUUUUGUUGUUUUAGCAUAGGGUGGGCUUUUCUUUCUCUACGAUACGGUCGAUUCUUCCAUGUUGUUUUUCUCGGUCGUGCAGUCUAUAGGUAUCGGGGACACGAAUUACAGCAAAGAAUUGAAUAGGUGA